AGCGGUCACUAAUCAAAGACGGAUAAUUCAACGGCGAGUCGCAGCAAGCAGUAUCGCGGUAUAUAGGUAAAUUAACAAGCACUUUUUGUAUCGGAUGUGUCUCGACUGUUGUAUCGGAUUACACUCGUCGUCGUACCAAUGAAUGCACAAUCGGAUUUGAUAGUAUGGCGGGAGACGGGUGUAAUUCCGGCGAGAGAAGCGCCUCGCAUUUAGAGAGAAAAUUUGAUGGUCGUUGCGGAUGUAUACUUAAAAUAAGUGCAGUCUGGCAGAAAGACGUGGAAAAAGAAAUGGGAGAAAAGUAGAUCGCGCGAGGCGAACACACGCCAACAAGGGAACGAAACAUCAGAGACGCUCGAACAGUUGUACGAUGUGAUUGAUGGCUAUAUCGUUCCUUUGCACCAGUGCAAACUUUCGGUUCAUGAAACGUGAUUCAAAAUAGAGCCAAGAGUUCAUUUCUUUCAAGCAAGAAUAAGAAAGGUAAACCGCAAUGAAGCCGGAUUGGAGAAUAUUUUGCCUCUUUGCUUUAACCAUUCCAUGGAUUAGCUCUAGCGUUAUCAGUUCAAGGCUCGUUAGCGAUUAUUUUCUGCAUCAGGGAGUCAAGCAAAUCACUGUGUUCGCUUGUUGGGAUUUGUACGAGCGGGCAGACUUCGCGAGAAAAGUUGUUGAAUUAGAUUUGAAGUUGGCGUACUCGCCUACACAUCCGUUAGUUGCGGAUAUGAGCAAAAUGCUGAAGUUUAAUUACUACAAACUUGGAAUUCUUCUGGAUCUCGACUGCCCGGAAAGCGAAGAAAUUCUUCGACGAGUCACGAGCAAUCGAUUGCCGUAUAACGAAUCUUACUUCUGGAUGAUGACGACGACGAGCGACGUAGUGCCCUGCGAAAUUUUAGAGCCACUGCCGCUGAGCAUCAACGCAGAAAUGACGGUAGUUUUACAAGGGAACGACGGAUUUUACUCCCUCUACGACGUUUACAACCCGAGCUACAGACACGGCGGAAAGCUCAACGUCACGUAUAUGGGUAACUGGAGUCCUGAGAACGGCUUGAUUGUGGAACUUACUCAGUACAAGUAUAAACGUCGUGGGGACCUUCAUGGCAUGUACUUGAAUUUCUCCAUCGUGGUUGAUCAUCCGCCCAAGACAGUGGAUAUGAAUACUUAUCUCAUGAAUCCCAUCGACAGACAUCUCGACACGAUGCAUCGUUACAACUACGCAUUGACGCGGCAAUUACGUGACUACUACAAUUUUACAAUGAAUUUACUGCGAGGAACGACGUGGGGCUAUAAAGUGAAUGGUUCAUUCAACGGGAUCUUAGGGGACAUGGUGAAAGGCAUCGUCGACGUAGGAGCUACUCCAUUCAGAUGGAAAAUGGAGAGACUAGACGUUAUGGAGUAUACGGUUCAAACCUGGGUCGCUGGACCUACAGUGAUUUUACGGCACCCGAAGAAGAACGAUUUGAGCAAUCAAUUUUUCAAACCUUUCUCGCGAGAGAUCUGGAUGCUGACAACGGUCGUAGCGAUCGUCAACUGGUUACUCCUUUAUUUGACAGUGAAGGUUGAGCAGCACUACAAUAAAAAUUACGAAAAGAAAAACUUGGGCACGCUGGACACUCAUCCGGCAUCGGAAACAGCUCUCAUUACUACGGCAGCGCUUUGUCAACAAGGUUUGAGUGAUGGUCCAAGCCUCUACUCCGGUCGUAUCGUAUUUAUUUCCCUGUUCCUCUGGGCUUUGAUGCUCUACCAGUUCUACUCGGCCAGUGUGGUCGGUUCCCUUCUGGCAGUACCUCCAAGAUUCAUCACAACUCCUCAAGCUCUGCUGGAAAGUACGAUGGAACUGGGCGCGGAAGAUAUCGCCUACAAUUACGACUUUUUCGCUACGCAUCCAGACCCCAUCGUCCUCGAAUUAAAUAAAAAAAAGCUGAUGGUUAAUAAACAUCGCAAGAAAGCUCCGUACUUCACUCCGGAAGAAGGCUUGAAAAAGGUGCAGAAGGGCGGAUUUGCGUUUCAAGUGGAUAUCGCCACGGCUUAUAAAAUCAUCGAGGACACUUUCGACGAAGACGAGAUUUGCGAUCUUCAGGAGAUACGAUUACUGCCUCCUGCACACACGGCAACCGGAACAGCAAAGCAUUCGCCGUUCAAGAAGAUGGUCACUUACGGAAUGAGGCAAAUCGUAGAAAAGGGGAUGGCAAGUCGACUCCGCCACGUCUGGCAUCACAGACGUCCCCGAUGCCCGGAAAGUCACAGUUCUCUCCCAACACCGGUUGCACUCAAAGAAUUCAGCCCAGCCUUAUUGAUGUUCGCCACUGGGAUAGCCAUUGCUAUAUUCGUCAUGUUGAUUGAAAAUCUCUUCCGUAAAUAUUACUACAUCGUGGCGCGGAGUCCGGCACAAAUUUUGCCAGUACAAAAUGGAAAUCAAGAAGAAAAUGGAAGGGUGCUUUCAGCCGGAUCAGUAUCCGAUGUGACGGAAUUAAACAUGCUGGCAAUCGUGGCUCUCGUCGCGCUGAUACCGACAGUCGCUGUCCGUGGAAAAGUAUUGGAUCCCGGAUUUACCAUGGAGUAUUUUCGUCCGAAAAAUGUCGAGCAGAUCGUCGUGUUUGCUUGCUGGAAUGAGUCUGACAGCUUCGAUUACUCCCGGCAAGUCGUCAGCGCGAACACGAGGAUCUCCUACAGCGACAUUCGCGACGACUUGGAGAUGGAGAGGAUUCUCAAAGUUAAUUACUACAAAAUCGGCGUGGUUCUCGAUCUGGACUGUCCUAAAAACUAUGCUGUCUUCGACCAGUUCUCAGCGGCGCGUCUGCCGUUCAACGAGUCAUAUUUUUGGCUGGUCGUAACUUCGGCCACGGAAGUGCCCGAGGCGAGUCUCGCCGGACUACCGCUAACGAUCGAAUCCGAACUAACUCUGGCUCUGGCUCGCAAACCUUCGCUCUACGAGCUUUAUGACGUCUACAAUCAUGCCUAUCGCCACGGUGGCAAACUCAACGUCACCAGCAUGGGUUAUUGGGACAGCGAUGGUGGACUCAGGAACUACCUGACGCAGUAUAAGUACAAGAGGAGGCAGGAUUUUCACGGGGUUACGCUGAAUUUUUCCAUCGUCCUGAUGAAUAAACCCAGGCCAGACUUCGAGACCUACCUAACUACGCCAAUAGACCCUCAUCUGGACUCAAUGAUUCGCUUUCAUUACGCCCUCGUCCUUCAGCUUCGAGACAUGUACAAUUUCAAAAUAAAUCUCAUGCGAGCAAAGACCUGGGGCUACGUCGUUAACGGGAGCUUUAAUGGCAUCCUCGGCGACAUGAUGAAAGGCAUCGUCGACAUAAGCGCGGCGCCCUUUCAGUACAAGGAGGAGCGGAUGGACGCCUGCGAGUUUACCGUCGAAACCUACGUCGUCAAGCCGUACCUGAUGUUUCGUCACCCGAAGAAGAGCGACGUCAGGAAUCCGUUCUUGAAGCCGUUCAGAACGAACGUCUGGUGGCUCACGCUGAACGUCAGCAUCGUCUGCUGGAUUAUGCUGCUGAUAAUCGUCAAGAUCGAGGACCACUACAACUCGAAACCAGAUCACAGGCUUUACUCGAACGCUUGUUCCGAGACCGCGCUCAUCACUUUCGCAGCGGUGUCCCAGCAAGGACUGAGCGAGGGGCCUCAUCUGUAUUCCGGGCGCAUUGUAUUCAUCACGCUCUUUCUUUGGGCGCUGCUUAUGUAUCAAUUCUAUUCAGCGAGUAUAGUCGGCUCUCUGCUCGCCGCGCCUCCGAGAUUCAUCAACAACCUGAUCGAUCUGGCCAACAGCGAUUUGCACGUCGCCUCAGAGGACAUACCUUACUCGCACGAUUAUUUCAAAACCACCACGGACCCGGCUGGCAAGUAUCUCUGGGAGAAGAAAUUCAAGCCACCGCUGAAGAAGAAGUCUUGGACGACUGCCCAGGAUGGACUCAACGAAGUCAGCAAGGGUGGAUACGCUUUCUUCAUCGACAGUGCUACUGGUUACAAGAUCAUAGAGGACACCUUUACGCAGGCUCAAAUUUGCGACCUAACGGAGAUUGAAUUACUGCCGCCGAGAUACGUGACCAUAGUUACGGCCAAGCACUCGCCUUUCAAAAAAAUGGUCAUCUACGGCCUCCGCCAGAUAGUAGAGCGCGGCCUGACGAAUCGGCUGUUCCGCAUCUGGCACCACCGGCGCCCGAGCUGUCCCGAAAGCUUCCGCUCGCAACCGGUCGCGGUGGAGCUUCAGGAGUUCAGUCCAGCGAUGUUCAUGAUCGUCGGCGGCCUGAUCCUCGCGACGAUCGUCAUGGCCGGCGAGCACUUGUACUACCACCCGAAACACCGUCGUCGACUCGCCCUACCUUAUUGCUGCUGUUGCAGCUCCGACGACGUAUAACAGACUCGAGUGGCAUCCACAUCGUCCCCGGAAACCGGGUCUAGGAGCUUCUCCGGGGAUUAGACGACACUCUGGAGCGACGCCAAGUCAUGCACCGAUCGAACGACGAAUUCACCGAGAGUGACACACAUACAGGCCUCGUGCGGAUAAUGAGGACACGGCAUUGUUUCGCGGAAGAGGGAUUAUACGAGCUUUUGUUCUUUCUCGCGAUUUCUGUCGUCGAUGCAUCAGCCAAUAAAUAGAUUUUAUUCUUGA